UCCGCAAAUCGCCGCAAAGGGUGGGCGCGGGUCGAGAGGAAAUGAUUGUAAACCCAUUCUGAUGUUGGAAACGCACACACACUCUCUCUCACACACAUGUAAAAAAAACACAGCGGUUUGCUUUGAAGAGGAGAAGCCCUUGCUCGUGCCCGCGCUCACAUCGGGCGCACGCUCCCCGCGCACCUCGUCCCCGGCUCCAGUCCAAGCUCCCCAGGACCGCGCGUCUGGAAAUGAAGAGAGAUUUCCCGCUUUUCUGCCGGAUUUGCGUCGCGAUCGCGUGUGUUUCAGGUCUGGUGACUGGAUAUUCUAUGACUCCACCCACCCUUGACGGCCUGAAAGAUGACCUUGUGAUCAAUGCCAAUGACACACUGACCAUUACAUGCAGGGGACAGCGCACUCUAGACUGGACCUGGCCUGAGCAGAGCCUAACCAAGCACCAAGUACAAGGGCGACAGAAAGAGCCACAGGCCACACAGGUGCCAGGCCAGCGGGCCAUCUCUAUCCAGGAGUGUCAGGGUGAGACUGGGAAACCCUACUGCAAGACGCUGAUGCUGACUGGCACCAAUGGCCAAGACACUGGCUUGUACAAAUGCUUCUACCGGGACACUAAUGUCAUCGUCAAUGGCACCACAGCUGCCAUUGUUUACGUCUUUGUCAGAGAUUAUCAGCAUCCAUUUGUCGAAAGGAGCAAUGUUGGCUUUGAAACAAUCUUAGUGACCAAACCUGCAACACACAUAGUGGUGCCGUGCACAGUGACAAUACCUGAUCUGAAUGUCACUCUCUAUCUGGCAAACCACACUCCUGUUGAUAUGGUCGAAAAGGACGUGACCUGGGACAACAAGAAUGGCUGGUCGGUCCCAAGUCACAUUGCAGAAAAUGACCCAACCUUUGCAGUCUACUGUGAAACUUCACUUUAUGAUAAAAUUUACCACACUUCUAUGUACAUGGUGCACUUUUCAGGAAACAAGAUUCAUAGUUUAAAACUGCUUCCAGAAAAGACAUUGCACCUUCUAGUUGGAGACACCCUAGUCCUAAACUGCACUGCAGUGGUGGAGUUCAAUACUGGUGUGAACUUCAAGUGGUCAUACCCAGGCAGACUGGUAAACAGGACAGUAUCCAUCAUCUCAGAACGCACACCACUCACCCAUAACACCGAAGUCUCAAACAUCCUCAUCAUCCAUAAUGUCAAUGUAACGGACAUGGGCCCCUACACUUGCUCUGCAAACAGUUUACAAGAAAGUGAGAUGCAUUCCACCCAGGUCAUUGUGCAUGAAAAGCCAUUCAUCAGCCUGGAUUACAAAUCUGGUUCAGUGGUGGAAGCUACUGCUGGUCAGAAGAUCCUCAAGCUUUCAGUGGAAGUAUCUGCACACCCUAAACCAGAAAUGCAUUGGUAUAAAGAUGGAAAAUUAAUAAACAAGAGGCCUGAGUUCAACAGAAUGAAAACCCAGCAAGAAACUCUGGAGAUCAGGGAGGUGUGCCAGCAAGAUAUGGGGAACUACACAAUUGUUGUUAAGAACAGUGCCACCCGUCUGGAAAAGAGCCUCAGCCUCAGCCUGGUGGUCGACGUUCCCCCUCAGAUCCACGAGAAGGAGGCAGCAGCACCAACAAACCCCUACCAAAGGGGCAGCCGACAAACCCUCACUUGCACAGCAUAUGGGUUCCCCAUACCUACCACCAUUAAAUGGCAAUGGAGGCCCUGGGGCCCAUGUGGUCUCAAUAGCAUGUCUAAAACCCGGGGCCAGAGAGAAACAAUACAGAAUGCAGAAACAAUGCAGAAACAGAGAGACCGGAUGUUGGACUGUCAGGACUGGCAGGAUAUGCACUCUGAAAACGCAGUGAACCCAAUUGAAAGCAUUGACAACUGGACUGAAAUGGUGGAUGGUCAAAAUAAGACGGUGAGCAGAGCAGUCAUCCAGAGAGCCAGUGAGUCAGUUGUGUACAAGUGCUCUGCUGAGAACAAAGUGGGGAGAGACGAACGGCUCAUCUACUUCUAUGUGACCACUAUCCCAGAGGGUUUUGGGAUUGAGCUGCAGCCUACAGAAGAACCUCUGGAACAGGAUCUGGUCCGGCUCAGGUGCAAUGCUGACAACUACACAUAUGAGAACUUGCAGUGGUACCGCCUGGUGCCAGAGGCGCUGCAGGACGAGGCAGGCCGGCCCCUAGUGCUGGACUGCAAGAGUGUGCAUCUGUACGCUAAGCAGCUGUCUGGAGAUCUGUUCUUCGAAGCCACCAGUAACCACUGGGUCCUAGAGCUGGUGCUGCCCCACAUCCAGGUGCAGGACGAAGGAAACUAUGUGUGUGAGGUCCAGAAUCGUCGUAGCGGCGAGAAACACUGCCACCGCAAGUACAUCCCUGUCAAAGCCCUGGAAGCCCCUCGCUACAGACUCAACCCAACAAACCAGACAGUGAACAUCAGUGAGUCCCUCCAGAUGAAGUGUGACGUUGAAGGCACUCCGACACCCCAACUCUCCUGGCUGAAGGAUAACCAGCCACUUCACCAAAUUUCGGGGAUCCUGCUGCAAGACUCGAACCGCACCUUGAGCAUCCAGCGCGUGCGGGAGGAGGAUGCAGGCCUGUACACGUGCACCGCCUGCAACCAGAGGGGCUGCGUCCACACCUCAGCCACCGUUGCCGUUCUGGGCUCAGACGACAAGCCCAGUGUGGAGUUAGUAAUCCUCAUCGGCACAGGAGUCAUCGCUGUUUUCUUUUGGGUUCUUCUCAUUCUCAUCUUCUGCAACGUGAAACGAGUGAAUCCAGCAGACAUAAAAACAGGGUACCUGUCCAUCAUCAUGGACCCAGGUGAGGUGCCGCUGGAAGAGCAGUGUGAAUAUCUUCCCUAUGACUCCAGCCAGUGGGAGUUCCCCCGAGACAGACUGAGACUUGGGAAAGUUCUGGGUCAUGGAGCUUUCGGGAAGGUGAUGGAAGCCUCAGCCUUCGGCAUAGACAAAACCAGCAGCCUGGCAACAGUGGCUGUCAAGAUGUUAAAAGAGGGAGCCACAGCAAGUGAGCACAAAGCGCUGAUGUCAGAGCUGAAGAUCCUCAUCCAUAUUGGAAACCAUCUGAAUGUGGUCAAUCUUCUGGGGGCCUGCACUAAGCCCAACGGUCCUUUAAUGGUGAUUGUAGAGUACUGCAAAUAUGGAAACCUUUCCAACUAUCUUCGUACCAAGAGAGAAUUCUUCUUGCCAUACAGAGACCGCUCUCCAAAGACACGAAACCAGGUUCGACGGAUGAUGGAAGCGGUGCAGGUUGACCAGCGAGACCAUGGCCCAUCUGUCUCCUGUCCUUUCCCUCAGAAUGGGACACAUUGCAAACAGGAGAAGGUGGAGGACCUGUGGAAAACUCCUCUCACCGUGGAGGACCUCAUUUGCUAUAGCUUCCAGGUGGCGCGAGGGAUGGAAUUUUUGGCAUCUCGCAAGUGUAUUCACAGAGAUUUGGCUGCGCGCAAUAUCCUGCUGUCUGAGAAUAACGUGGUGAAGAUCUGUGACUUUGGCCUGGCACGUGACAUCUAUAAAGAUCCUGAUUACGUGCGGAAAGGCAAUGCCCGGCUGCCCCUCAAGUGGAUGGCCCCUGAGAGCAUCUUUGACAAAGUAUACACCAGUCAGAGUGAUGUGUGGUCCUUUGGGGUGCUACUCUGGGAGAUCUUUUCACUGGGUGCUUCCCCUUACCCAGGUGUUCAGAUCGAUGAGGACUUCUGCCGAAGACUGAAAGACGGCACCAGGAUGCGUGCACCAGAGAACGCCUCUCCUGAAAUAUACAGGAUCAUGCUGGUCUGCUGGCAGGGUGAACCCAGGGAGAGACCCACCUUCCCAGCCUUGGUGGAGAUACUGGGGGACCUGCUGCAGGACAAUGGGCUUACAGAUGGGAAGGACUACAUUCCCCUCAACAAAUCCCCGAGCCUGCAGGACGACGGCUUCUCGCAGGCUUCAUCCAGACCACCCUCGGAGGAGGAGCUGGGGCUUGCAUGCAACACCCUGCCCAUCAGAUACUACAACUGCGUGCCUUUUGCGGCCUGUGUGAUGACUGGCCCCUCCAAGAUCUGCCACACAAAAGUGAAGACUUUUGAAGAGUACAACCUGGAGGUGACAGCCCAUAAAGCCCAAACUGACAGCCAGACGGACAGCGGCAUGGUUCUCGCUUCUGAAGAGUUUCAGAGGAUCGAACAUAAACACCCUGACAGAGCCUCAAGAAGUCCGCAGGCGGGCAGGAGCACGCUGCGGGCCCCCUUCCUGAGCCAGCUCUCCGGCCAGACCUUCUACAACAACGAGUAUGGCCAGCUGUACGAAGACAUCCUGUGCGACUUCUUCUCGGCACCGGACACGGGGGAUAUGUGCGGGGCCUGCCCAGCAUCCUCCGAUCUGUAGUCUUCCCUCGGGGGCCCGCCGUACUCAGCUCUACUGGCCCCACAACCCCACAGCCACUGCAGCACUCAGCUGAACUCUCUGUACCAAUAUGCCCUUUCCAGCCACUAGGUGGCGCAGUUACACAAGUUCAAACUAAGCAUUUUAGCCAUACAUUGUUACUUAUUAACCUGGAGAGUAUGCUUCUUUGUGUAUUUGUAAGAAAAAAAACACAUACAUAUGAGAAUAAAAGCAAUAUA